GAUACAUACGACCAUAGGAUCCUGAAUUCAGCGCUUCCCGUUCGCUCAGCGGUACUUAAGCAGGAUACCGGCGGAUUAGUAGUUAGGUGGGUGACCACUAGCGAAUCCCCGCUGUUGUAUGUUUUUGCUAUUGUUUUUGCUUCCACUGAACGAAGGACCUUGGAAGGAGCCCAUAGACGCUGGGUCCAAGCUGAAUGUAUGUAUAUCUUUGGCAGUCACGGAGAGCACAUUGAGGUCCAGGGUUGGAUGCAAUCUUUUGCAUUCGUCAUAGGCUAUUAA